GAGUUUGUUUCUUUAGAGACAUGAAAAGGCAGUGAGCAUAAUUGGGAUACAUCUUCUGUGAAGUUUAUGUUUUCCUGUUUUCCGUGAAAGACUCACUAAGUGUCCAAAAUGAGACAGGACUGUACACUGUGGAAAAUUAAUGUGGCUAGCAAAUUAAACAAACACACAGACGAAAACAAUUUAUUUUUCAUGAAAAUUGCAGCCUGGUGACUGCUCUACAAAAACAUAUUUACCAUAUUAGCCAGUAAUUCUCGAGACAGACUUGGACGAUAAUGAGAGUGAAGGAAAACGUGACAUUUGCCUGCACCAGCUUGUAGACAGGAGUUACUGGGAGCUGUCUGCUAAACCUGUUUCAAAUACACAGUUGUUGGCCAAUUCCUGUUAGUUACAGAUGCCAGUGGCAGCGUCUGGAAAGAUCAUUUAUGACAAUAAAUGUCCACAUUUAGUGAGGAUAAAAGUACAGCCAGUGGGCUACAUGUCAGGAUACUAUCAGCCAAGUAACAGCAAUUCUAGGCUAACAGUGAAUCCAACAAUUGACUACCACGUUUCAACAUCUGUGUUAAAUCCGAUUUCUGUGCAGAUGGAAUUUCUUUUGAGCCACAAACUCAGGCAAACCCACAGCCUACAAAGCUGCUCAUGUGUAUACAACAUCCUCAUUUUCUCCUGACGCGCCAGAUGCUUCCUCUGCUGUCACCUUAAAGUUACACUACAGCACUGCACAGUUUAGCUGUCUCCUCUCUGACCUGCUGGAACACAGCACGUUGUGAUGGGACGGGCUUGGCAUGCGGCACACUGAUUCGCUGUUGUCUCCGGAUACUAAAGCCUCGCGCACAGUGCAUGCCUGUCCUCUGUUCUUUAGCUGUCAGUCCGUCCGGUCGGCUAGCAGCAGUCGGUGCUCGAUUGGCUUGGUCUGGAGAAACCAUGGCAGACCUGGGAGAUAAUGUUACAAUUCCUGAGUUCAGCUGCCUUCUCCAAAUGGAUCCCUACCUCAAACCGUACGAACAGGACUUCAGGAGGAGGUAUGAGUUGCUACAGAAGCAACUUUUCCUGCUGGAAGAGGCUGAGGGAGGCUUUGACCAGUUCACACGCAGUUACAAUACCUUCGGUGUGCAGCGAAGGCCUGACAACAGCCUGUAUUUUAAAGAAUGGGCUCCAGCUGCAGAAGCCCUCUUCCUUACAGGCGACUUCAAUGGCUGGGACAAAUUCUCCCACCGCUACACGAAGAAAGAAUUUGGCAAGUGGGAACUGAUUCUUCCACCCAAGCAUGACAACUCUCCAGCUGUGGAUCAUAACUCUAAACUCAAGGUGGUGGUUCACACAAAGGAGGGACAGCGUCUUUACCGGAUCUCGCCUUGGGCAAAAUAUGUGACCAAGGAGGAGAAAGCCAUCAUCUACGACUGGGUUCACUGGGAUCCCCCUCAGCCUUACAUACAUAUCCACCCUCGACCCAAGAAGCCCACGAGCCUGAGAAUAUAUGAGGCUCAUGUGGGCAUUGGCUCUCCAGAGGGGAAGAUCGCCUCAUACAACAACUUCACAACCAAUGUGCUGCCUCGCAUAAAAGACUUGGGUUACAACUGUAUUCAACUGAUGGCCAUCAUGGAGCAUGCCUACUAUGCAAGCUUUGGAUAUCAGAUUACAAGUUUCUUUGCUGCUUCCAGCCGCUAUGGGACCCCAGAUGAGCUGAAGCAGCUGAUUGAUGUGGCUCAUUCAAUGGGGAUUUUGGUGCUCCUGGAUGUCGUUCACAGCCACGCGUCCAAGAACACGGAAGAUGGCUUAAAUCGGUUUGAUGGAUCCGACUCUUGUUUCUUCCAUUCUCCACCCAGAGGGGAGCACAGCUUGUGGGACAGCCGUCUCUUUAACUACUCCAGCUGGGAAGUGUUGCGAUUCCUGCUGUCAAACCUGCGCUGGUGGCUGGAGGAGUACCGCUUUGACGGCUUCAGAUUUGAUGGUAUUACUUCCAUGCUGUACCAUCACCAUGGCAUCGGCACAGGUUUCACAGGGGACUACAGUGAAUACUUUGGCCUACAGGUGGAUGAAGAUUCUGUGGUUUACCUGAUGCUUGCCAAUCACGUUCUUCAUACCCUUUAUCCUGACUGCAUCACUGUUGCAGAGGAUGUGUCAGGGAUGCCAGCUCUCUGCAGAAAAGUGGAGGAGGGAGGACUUGGUUUUGAUUACCGAUUGGCAAUGGCUGUCCCUGACAAGUGGAUUCAGAUCCUGAAGGAGUUAAAGGAUGAGGAGUGGAACAUAGGCAAUAUCGUCCACACACUGACCAACAGGCGAUACGGAGAGAAGUGCAUAGCUUAUGCCGAAAGUCACGAUCAGGCUCUGGUUGGCGAUAAGAGCCUGGCCUUCUGGCUGAUGGACAAGGAGAUGUACACCAACAUGAGCUCCCUGAUCCCCAUGACAGCCAUCAUAGACCGUGGCAUGCAGCUGCAUAAGAUGAUCCGCCUCAUCACUCAUGGCCUGGGUGGAGAAGGCUACCUCAACUUCAUGGGAAAUGAGUUUGGCCAUCCUGAGUGGUUGGAUUUCCCCAGAGAGGGCAACAAUCAGAGUUACCACUAUGCCCGGCGGCAGUUUAACCUGGUAGAUAUGGAUCACCUGCGCUACCGUCAGCUCUACGCCUUUGACCGGGACAUGAACCGUACCGAAGACAAGUACGGCUGGCUGGCAGCUCCACCUGCCUUUGUCAGUGCCAAGCAUGAAGAGGACAAGGUCAUUGUGUUUGACAGGGCAAAUGUGCUCUUUAUCUUCAACUUCCACCCCAAUAAGAGCUUCCAGGACUACAGGGUGGCUGUAGAAGCUCCAGGAAAAUACAAAAUCAAGCUGGAUUCAGAUGCGGUUCAGUAUGGAGGUCACGGACGGCUGGACCACAACACGGAGUUCUUCACAAACUCCGAGCCCUUUAAUGGCCGCUCUAACUCCAUCAAGGUCUACAUCCCCUGCAGAACAGCUAUUGUCUUGGCCAACGAGGAGAUAGAUUACUGUUAUUAGAGGAUGAUUGUCUCCACAGAGAUCGGGAUUGAGAAUGGAUUCCAAACUCUGACUGAGUGUUAACAAUCACCUUCAUCUUAAUGUCAGCCUUGUACACCACCCAAACCUACUUUUUUUGUGUUCGAGCCUUUUUUCUAAAUGGGGGGAAAAAGCAUUGCUGGGCUGUGUGCUUUCAAAUACCAUCUGCAACCUAAGACGCUGUGUAACCCCAUUUACCACAGAUUGGUCCAUUUGGGAAGUGUCCAACCUAACCAGUAGCUAGAUGCUAAAACUCCAAACCCUGCCGAGUCCAUCCACCACUAGCCAGCAGCCAUUUAUAGGUACUCCUGCAUUUGGCAUGUCAUCUGAAAUACAUGACCGGCAACUGUGGCAGAGGAAAGCGGUACCAUAAAACCAGCAUUCAUUUAUUCAAAGAUAAUACAAGCUCAGGAAUGUUAGGCAUGUUUAAAUACAGCAUACAACGUUUAUUAUUUUGUAUUUAAAUAUAAAUAACAUUGUAGUUUCACAGAGAUGGCAAGCACUACAGUAUUACUAGCAUUUAAAAUCAAAAUAUGCAGGUAGGCUGUUUAAUCACUGGUGAUGUGUCUUUGUUAAUUUGCAUUGCGGGACAUUAUAGGUAUAAAUGUAUUGUAAUUUGCACAAAGUAUUGAACUGAUUUGAAUUACUGUACUUUUUAAUGAGUAUCUAAAACAGUUGUGUUGUAAUGUUUGAAUUUAUGCAGCUACUGGGAGCAUUUAAGUGGUUAUUUAUGGCUCAGUUAUUAAGCCAGUAAUUUGCAGCUAAAGCACUGAUAAAAUCACUUAAUUUGGAGUGUUCACAGUGUGUUGCAUAAUACACAAGCAACAUUUGGCUGAAUUAGGCCAUUUUGCCCACUUUGCGUAAAGUAUUGCAUAGUUUUCUCCCACACUAGAUCGCAUUAGAGUAGUUUGUGAAUUUUAUGUUACACCGUGCUACAAUCGACAAGAAGAACUAAACUACUGAAGAUCAGUUUGUCCUUUUGUGUUAGAAAAGACAAGGAUGACUAACACACUUGACUACUAGGAUAUGAUUUAUGUGCACCGUGUUCAUUAGGGAUUCCCCUGGGAAUAUUCCAGAAAAACACCGAAACGGCCUAAAUUCAUGCAGAGCGCCACACGUGCCUCCUCCAAUUAGCAGUGACUUUUGUGACUUUAGUUUCAACAGAGUUGAUGAUUGAAAAUUUCAAAGAGCAGCCACAGCCCUCAUUCUGUGUUAUAGCAUCCAUCACAGUACCUAUGUGAGGAGGUUAUUAAUUAGCUAAAACGUCCUACCAUCAUAAUAGGUGACUGCUGAACUCGUCUGCAAAAUGUCAUAAUGUGCUUUACAAAUGAGUGAUAUUCGGUCUGCUUCCACUCUUUACGUUGUCUUGUUUUUCAUCCUCCUGAAAGUUGGCAUAUCAUCACCAUCCAAAGCACUUUCUGAAUGUUUUAUCGAAUCAGCACAAGUAAAAAGGGAAACGAGAUUAUUAUGUGCAUCUCAGAUAAAGCUCAGAGGUUGUGCUAUCCUCAUCUAGAGCAUUAUUUCAGAUUCUGAGUCAUUUAACCACCUAUUGUAGCUUAUGGCAGGUUUUGAUCUGUGUCCUGUGCAGCUGGGGAAAAAAAACACACAUUAAUUUUCAGGACCACCCGUCUGUGUGCAGCCAAAAGUGUCAUGAACAUGUCAUUUCUUUUUUGUCUAAAAGCAAAUGCAUUCAAAAAGGCCUUUUCUCUGUCUUUCAAGGAGCACAGAGACGAUCACUCUGCAUAUAUUUUAGACAACGAGGUUGUGAGACUGAAUUGGAGAGUAUAAUCAUCCCUCAUCUGACCCAGUGUCAUUGUCAUUUUAGCACUGCCAAAAUGAAUUGUCUGCAGUUGUUCUCAAAAGUAAAAUUGAUGUCUGAUAUACUGUAACAAUUUCAGCAUAUUUCUUUCAUUAUUGCUAAUGAUAAUAAAUCAGUCCCUGUCAAACCACGA